AUGCCGAGCCAGCACGUGCCCGGAAAGGGAUCUUUGCAGACGCUCCGCACUAAGGUGGAGACCGGCCACAUGCGCUCCGCGAAGAAAGGCUGCCUCGGCCGCAAACUGACCGCAGAGGAGCUCGAGGCGUGCAAGCGGGAGCUCGCCGAGCUGGAGGCCAAGCGCAAGGAGGGCAUGGAGCACCGCAAGAAGGUGGCGAAGGAGACCCUCCAGAACACGAGGGAUCUCAAGCAGGGCCAGGCCGAGCUGAAGCAGGGCCAGGGCGAGAUCAAGGACGGCGUCGGCCGCAUCGAGCAGAAGCUCGACCGCAUCCUCGGGGCCGAGGGCAGCAGCCAGCACCACAGGGAGCUGGCCAAGCAGGCGACCAAGCGCGAGCGCGAGAAGGCCAAGGAGGAGCUGAAGCGCCAGCGCGAGGAUUCCAAGCGCCAACGCGAGGAUGACAAGAUCCGCCAGCUCCUUUCCGUCGGGCUGUCGAUCGACUGUGUCGACCGCUUCGUGGACGGUGUGCUCAUCAGGGGCGGCGUGCUGUCCCCGCAGUGCUUCGAGGUAGAUGACCUUGGCGCCGCGUUCGAGCUGUGCGGCUUGGACUGUCGCCUGGCGGCGUUGAAGGGCUCCAUGGCCCUUGUCCAGGUCAUGCAGUGGGAAGGGCGCACUUUCCCGGAGAGCGAGCUGAAGAGCCUGGGGCUUGAGAAGAUGGAAGCCCAGCCGCGAAACGGCUCGGCUGGCAUGGAGAUCGUUUACGAGGAGAGCAAGGGGCUCAUGUACAACAAGCCAAUCGUGAAGACAGGAGCGGAACGUUGGAUUCGAGUCACCGAAAGGUAUUUCUUGGUCCGCCUCCUGAUGCCCGCGUCGUGUGUGUUCGAGCAGCUGGCUGCGGGGGAGCCGUCGCCGAAGCGCCGACGCACCGAGGAGGCUGCCGAGCCAGCAGCCCAGCCGGCAGCCACGGAGCCCGCAGAGGCAGCGCCUGCAGAGGCAGCGCCCGCGGAGCAGCCGCCACCGGCGCCACCGGCCCCCAAGCCACCCUCCCCUGAGCCAUUAAGCGCGGCUAACGAGCAGCUUCCCGAGAUUUUGGUCCACGGGGUGCGCUGCAGCCACCUGGUGGCCGACUACUACAUUGUCAAGGAAGCCUUUCCCGAGCUGUUGGAGAUCGUUUUGUGCAUUGAGUCGACGAGCCCCCCUUUGGGUACCUUCUAUGGAAUGCAGUUGAAGCCGGAGAACCGCUCCCAGGUGCCGAGCACCUGCGCUCAGCUGCGCCUGAAGUUGAGCUUCGAGCAGCCUGCCGCGGAGCCAGCCCCUCAGCAUUUUUCCGAGAAGAAGCCCGGGGACUCUGAGGACAGCUCGACGCGAGCCGAAACGGAGCCCGCGGAGCUGCCUGCCAUCCAGGACGCCGAGCCCGCAGACGAGGAGCCCGCCCAGACCGUCCGCAUCUUCGGCGAGCAGGGCUUCGACGUCGAGAUCAAGGACGGAUGCCUCGGUCGGGUUUUGGGCGACCUCUACCACGCCGGGAAGGUCCUGGAGGGGCUCUGCUUCGAGGUCACUUUGCAUCUCUUCAAGGACAGCCGCAAGCUGGGCACGCCCCAGAUCGUCGAGAAUGUGGUCUUGAACAUGGUGGAGGACCGGCGCAGCGGCAAGGCCUUCGAUGUGAAUGGCACCAUCGCGAAGGUGACGCGGGUCACGAUGCUGCUGGACAUCGGGGCCACUCGGCUCAACGGCUUUUGGGGCAUGUGGAUGGGCGACGGCCAGCGCGAGAUCAUCAGCGACUUCGAGGCGUUCCUCAUGGCCGACCCCGCGCCUUACGGCAUAGAGUAUGUGGACAUUGUCGAGGGGGGGAGACGUGCCCCUGAGCCAGGUGCUCGCACUCCUUUGCGACAUGUGAUCCGCAAGCAGCGCCCCGACGGACAGAGUGCGGCGCAAAAAGUCUUCGAGUGCAGUGUAGGUCCCCUUCCCCCGAACCCCUCCAGGGAUGCAACACCGCAGCCUCGGCUGAGACAUGGAGUGCCCGCGCUGCGGGAAGCGCUUCCCCCAGGCGUCCCGGCUCCGGGAUCACAUUGUGCUGCCGUGCACGAGGGCCGCCGGGAGCACGCGUGUCCCCACUGCCAGAAGCGCUUCGGCUUCGCCUCGGGGCUCCGAGAGCACGUUAGGCUCGCCCACGAAAACGUCCGGCCGCACGGCUGCGGCCUGUGCGGCCGGAGCUUCCACAAAGCCGCGGACCUCCGCGCCCACGCUGCCAUCCACGAGCGCCGCGGUUUCGUGUACCGCAGCGGCCGGGAGGCGUGCGUGGAACGUCUGCUGCGCCGGGAGGAGCUGCCCUUCCGUGCGCAGCUUCGCGUAGAUUUCACGGAUGGCUCCAGCCACGGCGGCCACGCGCUGCUGGACUUCGCUGUAGAGCGCGACUGGGGGCUGAUCGCCCUGGAGGUCGAUGAGGGACAGCACGCCUCCAGGGAGCCGGCGGACGAGUGCCGCCGCAUGGUCGAGAUCUUCCGCUCGAAAAGCCGGCCCCCCGGCAAGCUGCGGUUUCUGAGGUACAACCCGGACUGCGGGCUGCACGUGGUGGAGCGCCACGGCCGGCUGCUGGAGGCGCUGGCGGAGCCGCCGCCGGCCGGCGACCUGGAGAUCCUCUACUUGUACUACGACCUGCCGGCGCCGGGCGCUGAGCUGCCGAGCGUCUGCCUGAGGGCCGACUACCUGGAGGAGCUGAGGGCCGUGGCCCGCGCCUACUGA